CGACUUUCGCGUCACUCCCUCCUUCAAUCUAUUUCAUCGUUAUGACGAGAAUGAUAUCAUUCAAUAUAUAUGUAUGACAGCGGGCCUCCCACCUACGCGCAUUCAUCGCCAUGCCUCGAACUCUGCCAUGGCUUACCGGUCUCAGCGGAGGAACGAAAGAUUCUACGCCGCGACGACGACCGGUGAAACGAGAGCGAGACAUCAAGCAAGAUGACGAUGAGACUACUCCUAAAGCGAAGUUGAAGCUAAGCUCUUCGGAAGUCGGCAGGCGCGACUUCUUCAGAUCCUCCCCGACUCCUCCAUCGUCUCCUAUCCAGCGUUGUCCAUCAGAAGAAUACCUAAUUGAAGGCCUCGACAACGAUGACAUCUACAUGAUGGUCGAGGAUGAAUUCUACGCCGUCGCGCAAACCUUCACCCAACACCUUCACUACGCAGAAUACGUCCGACGGAAGAAAGAAGCGAAACUGCAGAACGCAGCUGCCAUUCAAGACCUUGCCCGACCCACGGACGGAGUGACCCCGAUGAGCGAAGAAACGAAGAAGCGACAUGAGGCGGGCGCGCUCUCCAUACGGCAAAAAGAAGGUCUGGGGCAGAUUCAGAGCGGGCGACCGGCGGUGGACUCUGAAGAUAGCGAUGACGUCGAGGAGGAUGUUGCUUUGGAUGACACGUUUGCGGGGACGUCUUUGCAUGACCUGCUGAUGAGCCCGAGGAAAGCGAGGUCAUUGGUGGGCAUGCAGGGGGUCAAGUCGUCGACUCGCGCGGCAGCUGGGUUUUCGCAAUCUUCGGAUACUCGGAUGGAUACUGCGGUUAGGAAUGAAAGCAGAGAUGCGAAUACUGACGUGGAUGCGACCGCCUCGGAAGAUGACGAUCUCGACGCUCAAGCUCAAACACCUACUGCGACGGCAUCACAUCGAAGGACUCAUGUUAUCAGUUCGGAUUCAAAGCUGUCAAAUGCAGGGAGUAGUCCCUUGUCAUCUCGCUCCGACCAAGGUCGUGCAGCGAAAGAGGCUCGCUCUGUGGAGACGAAUAUUAAAUACAAGGCACAGCCCGCGCUCAAAUCCAGGAAGAGGAUGCUUUUCGACGAUUUUGAUGAGCUUCCAGAGCUACAUACAUCAUACACACAGACAAAAGGCGGAUCUACAUCGUCUAUAAAUCAAAUGCAGCAGAAAAUCCAAAACGGUAACAAUCUGGAGUCGAAAAAGAAAUCGCGUCUCAACGAAGUCCCGACGUUCUUGCUUUGACCAUGCGACGGCGUUCCGCGGGUUCGCACGGUGGAACUUGCAACAUUUCCAGCUCUUCCUUCAGUCCUGCGUUGGUGGUGCGCACCAGGUGACCGGGUUUGCAGGCGGUGCUCAGAGGCUUCCUUCUCUCCAUCGGACGAGCAUCAGGCUUAUUCUUCAUGCUCAGGAAGCGGGCGAUGGGUCUUGACGCUCAGUCGUCGGACGUGGUUCUUG